UAGUCACUGUUUGAAUGUGAUCGCGCUCGCAUGCUCUGGUUCCUUUCCGUGGAGCUAUCCACACAAAGAGCUCAUCGGUUCGGUGUGAUAUCUACGCGUUUGAAUAUCACCAUCAUUGAACGGGUAGCCAAAUGAAGGCAGGCGUUGUUUGUGAUAUCAAUCAAAUAAACUAUCGAAUGGCGUGGCGCUAUUGAAGGGCGAUUCGGAAAAUAGCAAGUGAUGUGAUAAGUUCUGAAUAGUGGUUAUUGAUGCAUACAAAAUCAGAUUAAUCUGGUUAUGAUUUGAAGAACAAACACGUGAGUCUGAUUUGACCUGAGCACAAGAAUUUCUUGAAGGGUUGGUAAUAUUUCUACCAACAAGUGGCAGAGAGUUAACGACGAGAAAAUCACAUCAAUAAUGGAUUCCAAGGAAGUAAUUCUUAUCACAGGUGGCGCCGGGUUCCUCGGUCAACAUUUGAUCAAAACCCUGCAGGAACGUGACCCCAAGGUGCGCGAGAUUCGUGUCGUCGAUUUGAAACCAUACGAAAAUACAUUCGGUCACAUCGACACCCACCGGGUCGUCUCGUACGUGGGUGACAUUUGCCAACCGGCCAAGAUUGAGUCCGCAUUCGAGGGUGUCGACUGCGUGUUUCACAUGGCGGCGUACAUCAACUUUGACUUCCCGCCCAACUACCAGGAGCUGCAGCGGGUCAACGUCGACGGGACGCAGGUGGUGAUUGACCUGUGCCGGAAGUACAACGUGCCGAGAUUGGUGUUUACCGGCGAUUGUCUGAUCCACAUGACACCGUACAUGGGCCGGGCCAACUUUACGAUUGUUUGCAACCAAACCGAACCGAAGACCAAAGUGCCGUCUAAGGAGAGUGAGUUUCAGAUUCCCGGCUACGCACCGUCCAAGCUGAAGGCGGAAAAUUUGAUCCUGGCGGCUAACGAUACCCCCAUGGCUAACGGAAGCAUGCUGAAAACGAUUGCCAUUCGACCACCGGUGGUAUUCGGGGAGGGCGACCAGCGAUUCAUCCCAGCCGUCAUUAAAGUCGCUCUCCGGUUCAACGGAGAAAUCCCGAAACUUGCCGGCCCAGGAGGAAAGCAACAGCUGGUCUACGCCGGCAAUGUGGCAUGGGCCCACUUCCGCGCCAAAGAAGCCCUACAGGCCAAACCGAAGGAAAUUGCUGGUCACCCGGUGUUCGUUACGGAUGAUUCCGGCAUCGAGGACACCACUCGCUUCUGUCAGCGCUUAUCCCGAGCUAAUGAAACGCUUAAGCUCCGGCCGUCCUGGUACCAGAUUCCACUAUUUCUGUCCUUCUUCCUGGCGUUCCUGCUCGAGCUGCUGAUUAAAGCGCUUAAUCCGAUUGUGAAAAUUAAACUGAGCUUUCCCCCGUGCGGUCUGCUCUCGUACAUGUCAUCGAUUUUACUCUACAAUCGGAUCCGGGCGUCCAUCUAUCUGGAUUAUGAACCUAUCUACAGCGAGGAAAAGGCGGUAUCCAAUUCGGCCCUCUGGUAUGAGAAAUGGUAUCAGGACUACUGCCAGCAGCAUAAGCUGAAGAAGCUGAAAGUCAAAUGAAAAUCCAGUCGGGAAUCUGGCCGAUAAUUGAAACUUCAUUGUAUAAUUCUAGAAUUGCAAACAUUUUCAGUCCGCAAGAAGCGGGUUGACCACUUCGCAAAUACUCAAAGGCAUAUCAUAGUGUAGUUAAGUUCAUGUACAUUUAUAGCAAGGCGAAAG